AUGAGCCAGCGAGAGUUCGAGCGUAAGAUGGAGGAGCAUAUUGAGGAGAUGCGCGUGACGCAGACGAUUGCGUAUUUUAGUCGUACGGUCGAGUUAUGCUUCUCAGACUGUGUGCACGCUUUCCGUAGCAAGAAGAUGGACGACAAGGAGACGUCAUGUGUCAACAACUGCGCCGAGAAGUUCCUGCGCCACACGAUGCGCUCGUCUGUGCGUUUGCAGGAGAGUUAUGCGGAGAUUAUGGAGAAGCAGCAGGAACAGAAGAACUAG